UUUUUUUUUUUUUUUUUUUGGUUUGCUUAUAUUCCCUCAUGGAAAGUGACAUGUGCUUUCAAUGUUUUAGCACUGGACAAAGUGCACAAGAAAAGGGAUUGACACAUAUUCCAGAGUGCUAUGAGGUUCCCUCCUCUGAACGUCCCAGCUUGAGCUCACUUGAAGCUCAGAUUCCUGUUGUUGACCUGGCUGGAUUGCAAAUGGGCCCUACUCACCGCUUAGCUGUCAUUGAAAGCAUUGGAUAUGCUUGCAAGCGCUUCGGAUGUUACCAUGUUGUUAAUCAUGGCAUUGACCAGUCAAUCUUAGACAAAGCACUUGGUGCUGCAAAUGAGUUUUUUCGGUUGCCUGCUGAUGAAAAUUUGAAGUUUAUGUCGAAGGAUGUACACAAACCAGUGAGGUAUGGGACAAGUCUCAAGGAUGGUGUUGAUAAGAUUCAAUUUUGGAGGGUUUUCCUUAAACAUUAUGCAAAUCCCUUGAACGACUGGGUUCAGUCUUGGCCUGAGAAUCCACCUGCUUACAGGGGAGACAUGGGAGCAUACUCUUCAGAAGUGCAAAAACUAGCAGUGGAAUUAGCAGGAGCUACCACAGAGAGUCUUGGCUUGGGUCCCAAGUAUCUGAGUGAGAAGAUGGAAGAAGGCAUGCAGGUAAUAACCACAAACUGUUACCCACCUUGUCCUCAACCUCGUCUCACGCUUGGGUUGCCUCCACAUUCGGAUUACAGCUGCUUGACCAUCCUACUUCAGAGCUCUCCGGGGCUCGAAGUCAUGGACAUGCAAGACGGUGGCUCUUGGAAACUCGUGCCCUACAUUAGUGGUGCCCUGCUAGUUCACAUUGGAGAUCAUUUUGAGGUAUUAAGCAAUGGGUUGUACAAAAGUGUGGUGCAUAGGGCUGUUCUUAAUUCCCAGAAGACUAGGAUAUCCAUUGCAAGCUUUCACAGUAAGGGGUUGCUUGAGAAGAUGGAGCCUGCUCUUGAGUUGGUGGAUGCGGAUCAUCCCAAGGCAUACAAGGGAAGUAGCUUCAAGGAUUUCUUGGAUUUUCUAAGUGCUAAUGAUAUUGGGCAAGGGAAAAUAUGCUUCCUGGACACCCUUAAAAUAAAAUAGUUAGCCUAUCCUUAAAAAUACAAUAGUUAGCCUAUCCGUUAUAGUCACCCAUAUAUAUCGAAAUUAAGUUUUUACCGCCAAUCUCUCUAUUUAUUAUUAUUUUUUUUUAAAAUAUAAUGAUGUUAUAAAAAUACAUAGUAGGUAGUACUAGUUCUAUUCCAUAAUGUUCUACCCACUUUUUGUUUCAGUUCAUUCCAUGCAGUUUUACU